AUGGCCUGGGAGCCCACAUACCUGUUCUCCCUAGUGCUGCUGCUGCUCUUGGCCUCAGGCUCCUGGACACAGGACCUGGAGUUACUUCGAGCACUGGAGGGCCAGACUGUUUCUGUGACAUGCUGGUAUGAUACGCUCUACCACUCCAGUGAGAAGAUCUGGUGUAAGCAAAUAGACAGCUUGUGUUACCCCUUCAUCAGCAAAGGUGCCAAGAAGCUAAGAUACUCCAUCCAGCAGUCUUCUCAGUUCAACUUCUUCACAGUCACCUUGACUGAGCUCAAGAUGAGUGACUCAGGCAUCUAUCACUGUGGGAUCAAUGAAAAUAACAAGAUAAUUUUUCUCAGAAAUAUCCACCUGGUGGUGUCAAAAGGUUCUUCAGUUGUGUCCACUCCUGACAUCAUUCCUACUACAAGGCUGUCUGAGCUUCCCAUCCUUAUUACCACAAAAUACUCACCCAGUGACACAACUACAACCCGAUCUCUACCCCAGCCCACCACUGUUGUUUCCUCUCCUGAUCCUGCAGUCAUCAUCAUAAAUGACACAGAUGCUGACAGUAUUCCUGGCUCCUGGUUUAGACACCCUUCAUUUUUUUCGUCCUUGUGUUGA